CCGGCUUAGAGGACAGAGGGGAAGGCGGGUGGCGGGGCCGGGGGCCUCAAGUGGCGGCGGCGGCGCUGGCGGGGGCAGCCGAGGCCUUGGCCGAAGCCGCGCGGCGCAGGUCUGCUGGGGACUUGGGCCGAACGUCAGCUCACCGCCGCUGCUGCCCAGAAUAGCAGGGGACGCUGCUCCCUGAAGCCCCCGGAGGCAGGAUGCUCGGCACGGGCCCUGCCGCCGCCACCGCGGCCGCCAGCACGCCCAGCAACGUCAGCGUCCUGCAGCAGUUCGCCAGCGGCCUGAAGAGCCGCAAUGAGGAGACCAGGGCCAAGGCCGCCAAGGAGCUGCAGCACUACGUCACCAUGGAGCUGCGAGAGAUGAGUCAAGAGGAAUCUACCCGCUUCUACGAUCAGCUCAACCACCACAUUUUUGAACUGGUUUCCAGCUCAGAUGCCAACGAGAGGAAAGGUGGCAUUUUGGCCAUAGCCAGCCUCAUAGGAGUGGAAGGUGGGAAUUCCACCCGGAUCGGGAGAUUUGCUAACUACCUUCGGAACCUCCUCCCCUCCAAUGACCCGGUUGUCAUGGAAAUGGCUUCCAAAGCCAUCGGCCGCCUGGCCAUGGCUGGGGACACUUUCACGGCCGAGUACGUGGAGUUUGAGGUGAAGCGCGCCCUGGAGUGGCUGGGUGCCGAUCGCAACGAGGGCCGGAGACACGCAGCUGUCCUGGUGCUCCGCGAGCUGGCCAUCAGCGUGCCCACCUUCUUCUUCCAGCAAGUGCAGCCCUUCUUCGACAACAUCUUUGUGGCCGUGUGGGACCCCAAGCAGGCCAUCCGCGAGGGCGCCGUGGCCGCCCUGCGGGCCUGCCUGAUCCUCACCACCCAGCGGGAGCCGAAGGAGAUGCAGAAGCCGCAGUGGUACAGGCACACGUUUGAAGAAGCAGAGAAGGGCUUUGACGAGACCUUGGCCAAGGAGAAGGGCAUGAACCGAGACGACCGGAUCCACGGGGCCCUGCUCAUCCUCAACGAGCUGGUCCGCAUCAGCAGCAUGGAGGGCGAGCGCCUGCGGGAGGAGAUGGAGGAGAUCACGCAGCAGCAGCUGGUGCACGACAAGUACUGCAGAGACCUCAUGGGCUUCGGGACCAAGCCGCGGCACAUCACGCCCUUCCCCAGCGUCCAGGCCGUGCCGCCCCAGCAGCCCGGUGCCUUGGGGGGCCUGCUGGGGUACGGCUCCCACCAGGGCCUCCUGGGCUUCGGGGCCUCCCCCAGCCCGGCCAAGUCCACCCUGGUGGAGAGCCGGUGUUGCCGGGACCUGAUGGAGGAGAAGUUCGACCAGGUCUGCCAGUGGGUGCUGAAGUGCAGGAAUAGCAAGAACGCGCUGAUCCAAAUGACGAUCCUUAAUCUGCUGCCUCGCCUGGCCGCCUUCCGACCUUCUGCCUUCACAGACACCCAGUACCUGCAGGAGACCAUGAGCCACGUGCUCGGCUGCGUCAAGAAGGAGAAGGAGCGCACCGCGGCCUUCCAGGCGCUCGGGCUGCUCUCCGUGGCCAUGAGGUCGGAGUUCAAGGUGUACCUACCCCGCGUGCUGGAGAUCAUCCGGGCGGCCCUGCCCCCGAAGGACUUCGCGCACAAGCGGCAGAAGGCCAUGCAGGUGGACGCCACCGUGUUCACGUGCGUCAGCAUGCUGGCCCGCGCCAUGGGGCCUGGCAUCCAGCAGGACAUCAAGGAGCUGCUGGAGCCCAUGCUGGCCGUCGGCCUGAGCCCUGCCCUCACGGCUGUGCUCUACGACCUGAGCCGGCAGAUCCCGCAGCUGAAGAAGGACAUCCAGGACGGGCUGCUGAAGAUGCUGUCCCUCGUCCUGAUGCACAAGCCCCUCCGGCACCCGGGCAUGCCCAAGGGCCUCGCCCACCAGCUGGCUUCCCCCGGCCUCACGGCCCUCCCCGAGGCCAGCGACGUGGGCAGCAUCACACUUGCCCUCCGAACUCUCGGCAGCUUCGAAUUCGAAGGCCACUCUCUGACCCAGUUUGUCCGGCACUGCGCGGACCACUUCCUGAACAGCGAGCACAAGGAGAUCCGCAUGGAGGCCGCCCGCACCUGCUCGCGCCUGCUCACGCCCUCCGUGCACCUCAUCAGCGGCCACGCGCACGUCGUCAGCCAGACGGCCGUGCAGGUGGUGGCCGACGUGCUCAGCAAGCUGCUGGUGGUCGGGAUAACAGACCCCGACCCUGACAUCCGCUACUGUGUCUUGGCGUCCCUGGACGAGCGCUUCGAUGCGCACCUGGCCCAGGCGGAGAACCUGCAGGCCCUGUUCGUGGCCCUGAACGACCAGGUGUUCGAGAUCCGCGAGCUGGCCAUCUGCACCGUGGGCCGCCUCAGCAGCAUGAACCCCGCCUUCGUCAUGCCCUUCCUGCGCAAGAUGCUCAUCCAGAUUCUGACAGAGCUGGAGCACAGUGGCAUCGGGAGAAUCAAAGAGCAGAGUGCCCGCAUGCUGGGGCACCUGGUCUCCAAUGCCCCCCGCCUCAUUCGCCCCUACAUGGAGCCCAUUCUGAAGGCUUUAAUCCUGAAACUGAAAGAUCCGGACCCCGACCCCAACCCCGGUGUCAUCAAUAACGUCUUGGCCACGAUAGGGGAGUUGGCCCAGGUGAGUGGCCUGGAGAUGAGGAAGUGGGUUGACGAGCUCUUCAUCAUCAUCAUGGACAUGCUGCAGGACUCCUCGCUGCUGGCCAAGAGGCAGGUGGCUCUGUGGACCCUGGGACAGCUGGUGGCCAGCACUGGCUACGUGGUGGAGCCCUACCGGAAGUACCCGACUUUGCUGGAAGUGCUGCUGAACUUCCUGAAGACGGAGCAGAACCAGGGCACGCGGCGCGAGGCUAUCCGUGUGCUGGGGCUGCUGGGGGCCUUGGACCCCUACAAGCACAAAGUGAACAUCGGCAUGAUCGACCAGUCCCGGGACGCCUCGGCCGUCAGCCUGUCGGAGUCCAAGUCCAGUCAGGAUUCCUCGGACUACAGCACCAGUGAGAUGCUGGUCAACAUGGGCAACCUGCCCCUGGACGAGUUCUACCCGGCCGUGUCCAUGGUGGCCCUGAUGCGCAUCUUCCGCGACCAGUCCCUGUCCCACCACCACACCAUGGUCGUCCAGGCCAUCACCUUCAUCUUCAAGUCCCUGGGGCUCAAGUGCGUGCAGUUCCUGCCCCAGGUCAUGCCCACGUUCCUGAAUGUCAUCCGGGUGUGCGACGGUGCCAUCCGGGAAUUCUUGUUCCAGCAGCUGGGGAUGUUGGUGUCCUUCGUGAAGAGCCACAUCAGGCCCUACAUGGACGAGAUCGUCACCCUCAUGCGAGAGUUCUGGGUCAUGAACACGUCCAUUCAGAGCACCAUCAUCCUCCUCAUCGAGCAAAUCGUGGUGGCCCUCGGGGGCGAGUUCAAGCUCUACCUGCCGCAGCUGAUCCCACACAUGCUGCGCGUCUUCAUGCACGACAGCAGCCCCGGCCGCAUCGUCUCCAUCAAGUUGCUGGCUGCGAUCCAGCUCUUCGGUGCCAACUUGGACGACUAUCUCCACUUGCUGUUGCCUCCCAUCGUGAAGCUGUUUGACGCCCCCGAGGUCCCCCUUCCGUCUCGAAAGGCAGCGCUGGAGACCGUGGACCGCCUGACGGAAUCCUUGGAUUUCACCGACUACGCUUCCCGGAUCAUUCACCCCAUCGUCCGGACCCUGGACCAGAGCCCGGAGCUGCGCCCCACGGCCAUGGACACGCUGUCUUCGCUUGUCUUCCAGCUGGGCAAGAAGUACCAGAUUUUCAUUCCGAUGGUGAAUAAGGUUCUGGUGAGACACCGGAUCAACCACCAGCGCUACGACGUCCUCAUCUGCAGGAUCGUUAAGGGCUACACCCUUGCUGAUGAAGAGGAAGACCCUUUGAUAUACCAGCACCGGAUGCUGAGGAGUGGCCAGGGGGACGCUCUGGCCAGCGGGCCGGUGGAAACGGGGCCCAUGAAGAAGCUCCACGUCAGCACCAUCAACCUCCAGAAGGCCUGGGGAGCGGCCAGGAGAGUUUCCAAGGACGACUGGCUGGAGUGGCUGCGGCGGCUGAGCCUGGAGCUGCUGAAGGACUCCUCCUCGCCCUCCCUCCGCUCGUGCUGGGCCCUGGCGCAGGCCUACAACCCCAUGGCCAGGGACCUCUUCAACGCCGCCUUCGUGUCCUGCUGGUCGGAGCUGAAUGAAGACCAGCAGGACGAGCUCAUCAGGAGCAUCGAGCUGGCGCUCACCUCGCAGGACAUCGCCGAGGUCACACAGACCCUCCUGAACCUGGCGGAGUUCAUGGAGCACAGCGACAAGGGCCCCCUGCCGCUGCGGGACGACAAUGGCAUCGUGCUGCUGGGCGAGCGGGCGGCCAAGUGCCGGGCCUACGCCAAAGCGCUGCACUACAAGGAGCUGGAGUUCCAGAAGGGGCCCACGCCUGCCAUCCUCGAGUCCCUCAUCAGCAUUAACAAUAAGCUCCAGCAGCCCGAGGCAGCCGCCGGCGUGCUCGAGUACGCCAUGAAGCACUUCGGAGAGCUGGAGAUCCAGGCCACCUGGUACGAGAAGCUGCACGAGUGGGAGGACGCCCUGGUCGCCUACGACAAGAAGAUGGACACCAACAAGGCCGACCCCGAGCUGAUGCUGGGCCGUAUGCGCUGCCUGGAGGCCCUGGGGGAGUGGGGACAGCUGCACCAGCAGUGCUGUGAGAAGUGGACUCUGGUCAACGACGAGACCCAGGCCAAGAUGGCCCGCAUGGCCGCCGCCGCCGCCUGGGGCCUAGGUCAGUGGGACAGCAUGGAGGAGUACACCUGCAUGAUCCCCCGGGACACCCACGACGGCGCCUUCUACAGAGCCGUGCUGGCGCUCCACCAGGACCUCUUCUCCCUGGCACAGCAGUGCAUCGACAAGGCCCGGGACCUGCUGGACGCGGAGCUGACCGCCAUGGCCGGCGAGAGCUACAGCCGGGCCUACGGGGCCAUGGUCUCCUGCCACAUGCUGUCCGAGCUGGAGGAGGUCAUCCAGUACAAGCUGGUCCCCGAGCGGCGCGAGAUCAUCCGCCAGAUCUGGUGGGAGAGACUCCAGGGCUGCCAGCGCAUCGUGGAGGACUGGCAGAAGAUCCUGAUGGUGCGCUCCCUCGUGGUCAGCCCCCACGAGGACAUGCGGACGUGGCUCAAGUACGCCAGCCUGUGCGGCAAGAGCGGCCGGCUGGCCCUGGCUCACAAGACGUUAGUGUUGCUCCUGGGCGUGGACCCGUCGCGACAGCUCGACCACCCCCUGCCGACCGUCCACCCGCAGGUGACCUACGCCUACAUGAAGAACAUGUGGAAGAGUGCUCGCAAGAUCGACGCCUUCCAGCACAUGCAGCACUUCGUGCAGACGGUGCAGCAGCAGGCGCAGCACGUGGCCAGCGAGGACCAGCAGCACCAGCAGGAGCUGCACAAGCUCAUGGCGCGCUGUUUCCUGAAGCUCGGGGAGUGGCAGCUGAACCUGCAGGGCAUCAACGAGAGCACCAUCCCCAAGGUCCUGCAGUACUACAGCGCCGCCACCGAGCACGACCGCAGCUGGUACAAGGCCUGGCACGCGUGGGCGGUGAUGAACUUCGAAGCCGUGCUGCACUACAAGCACCAGAGCCAGGCUCGCGACGAGAAGAAGAAGCUGCGCCACGCCAGCGGCCCCAACGUCACCAGCGCGGCCACUGCGGCCACCACGGCCGCGACGGCCACCGCCACGGCCACCAGCACGGAGGGCAGCAACAGCGAGAGCGAGGCCGAGAGCACCGAGAACAGCCCCACCCCGUCCCCACUGCAGAAGAAGGUCACCGAGGAUCUGUCCAAGACGCUGCUGAUGUACACCGUCCCUGCCGUCCAGGGCUUCUUCCGCUCCAUCUCCCUGUCGCGAGGCAACAACCUCCAGGACACGCUCAGAGUCCUCACCUUGUGGUUUGAUUAUGGCCACUGGCCGGAUGUAAAUGAAGCCUUAGUAGAGGGCGUCAAGGCGAUCCAGAUUGACACCUGGUUACAGGUCAUACCUCAGCUCAUCGCCAGGAUCGACACGCCCAGGCCCUUGGUGGGACGCCUCAUCCACCAGCUCCUCACGGACAUCGGCCGCUACCACCCCCAGGCGCUCAUCUACCCGCUGACCGUGGCUUCCAAGUCGACCACCACGGCCCGUCACAACGCGGCCAACAAGAUCCUGAAGAACAUGUGCGAGCACAGCAACACGCUGGUGCAGCAGGCCAUGAUGGUGAGCGAGGAGCUGAUCCGCGUGGCCAUCCUCUGGCACGAGAUGUGGCACGAGGGCCUGGAGGAGGCCUCACGCCUGUACUUCGGGGAGCGCAACGUGAAGGGCAUGUUCGAGGUGCUGGAGCCCCUGCACGCCAUGAUGGAGCGCGGGCCCCAGACGCUGAAGGAGACGUCCUUCAACCAGGCCUACGGCCGAGACCUAAUGGAGGCCCAGGAGUGGUGCCGGAAGUACAUGAAGUCCGGGAACGUCAAGGACCUCACGCAGGCCUGGGACCUCUACUACCACGUGUUCCGGCGCAUCUCCAAGCAGCUGCCGCAGCUCACGUCGCUGGAGCUGCAGUACGUGUCCCCCAAGCUGCUGAUGUGCCGGGACCUCGAGCUGGCCGUGCCGGGAACCUACGACCCCAACCAGCCCGUCGUCCGCAUCCAGUCCAUCGCGCCGUCCCUGCAGGUCAUCACGUCCAAGCAGAGGCCCCGCAAGCUGACGCUGAUGGGCAGCAACGGGCAUGAGUUUGUUUUCCUCCUGAAGGGCCACGAAGACCUGCGGCAGGACGAGAGGGUGAUGCAGCUCUUCGGGCUGGUCAACACCCUCCUGGCCAACGACCCCACGUCUCUGCGGAAGAACCUCAGCAUCCAGAGGUACGCCGUCAUCCCGCUGUCCACCAACUCGGGCCUCAUCGGCUGGGUGCCGCACUGCGACACGCUGCACGCCCUCAUCCGGGACUACCGCGAGAAGAAGAAGAUCCUGCUCAACAUCGAGCACCGCAUCAUGCUGCGGAUGGCCCCCGACUACGACCACCUGACCCUGAUGCAGAAGGUGGAGGUGUUCGAGCACGCCGUCAACAACACGGCUGGCGACGACCUGGCCAAGCUGCUGUGGCUCAAGAGCCCCAGCUCCGAGGUAUGGUUUGACCGAAGAACCAACUACACCCGUUCCCUGGCGGUCAUGUCCAUGGUUGGGUAUAUUUUGGGCCUGGGAGACAGACACCCGUCCAACCUGAUGCUGGACCGGCUCAGUGGCAAGAUCCUGCACAUCGACUUCGGGGACUGCUUUGAGGUUGCAAUGACCAGAGAGAAAUUCCCAGAGAAGAUUCCGUUUAGACUCACACGGAUGUUGACCAACGCUAUGGAGGUCACGGGCCUGGACGGCAACUACAGGAUCACGUGCCACACGGUGAUGGAGGUGCUCCGGGAGCACAAGGACAGCGUCAUGGCCGUGCUGGAGGCCUUCGUCUACGACCCCCUGCUCAACUGGCGGCUGAUGGACACGAACACCAAAGGCAACAAGCGUUCCCGAACGAGGACAGACUCCUACUCCGCCGGCCAGUCCGUAGAAAUUUUGGAUGGUGUGGAACUUGGGGAACCUGCCCACAAGAAAACAGGGACCACAGUGCCGGAAUCGAUUCAUUCUUUCAUUGGAGACGGUUUGGUGAAGCCCGAGGCCCUGAAUAAGAAAGCCAUUCAGAUCAUUAACCGGGUCCGAGACAAGCUCACAGGUCGGGACUUCUCUCACGACGAGACUCUAGACGUCCCGACACAGGUCGAGCUGCUCAUCAAACAAGCAACAUCCCACGAAAACCUCUGCCAGUGCUACAUUGGAUGGUGUCCCUUCUGGUAACCGGAGGCCCGGGGGUGCCCGCGGCCUUCCCCUGGAGACGCCGAACUCCAGCAUCUGCUUCCUACGGACUGAAACCAGAGACGGGUGCGGCUGCCACGAGCCUCGGCCGUGAACGGACGGAACUACUGUAUACUGGAAGUCGGCGCGAGCCGGCUUCCUCGCUGCUGUUGGAGAAUCUAUUGUCACAGAAACACGGACGGGCGCGAGCGGCUCCCAGAGCAGUGGGCUGCCGGGCCAGGCCGCCCCGGGAGCAGCCGCCCCAUAACUUAGGAAUACGGGUUCUCACUUCCCUGCCUCCGGGGCCGCGCUGCUCCCUCUCCCCGAGGCCUCAGGCUGGACGGCGCUGGAUGGAGCGUGGCGGGCGCAGAGCGCAGUGCAAGGGAGCAGCAGGCCCGCCCUUCCGCCCGCCCGUUACCUCACCGCUCCACGGACAGCAGCGGCCGCCUCUGCAUGACCGGCCGGGGGAAGGGCCGCCGUGGGGCCGCCGCUCCAGGACCUGGGCCCCGAGCUGUGAGGUGGGGAGCGCCCUCCCGGCCCCCGGAGGGCCCCCACUGGCCGCCCCGCGAUGGUUGUGGGGGGGGUUCGCACUUAGAAAACGGAAAGGCCAUCGUGGAGGUGCUGAGCACGGAGGGCGUCCAGGCCGAGGUGGAGACGCAGGGUCAGGACCCGGCCGCGCAGGGCAGGGGCCGCCGUGCCGAGACCCCACGCCGUAGCUGACGCAUUUUUGUGCCAAUAAAUGACAUCAGAGUUUUAAAGACAG